AUGAAUAUUUACAAAGUGAUACUUGUACUUUUAUUGCAUUUUAUCGGGCUUGAUUACUGUGAAAAGACGAAAUUAUAUGUUGGUGUUUUAUUGGAGCUUACAGAACAUUGGUAUGUAAGAUACACAAACUUUUUCCCGGAAGUAUUUAGAUACGGAUUCGAAGGGGUUGAUAACAAAUCUGAUAUUCUGUCCGACUACACAAUCGAAUUAGUGAUAAGAGAUACAAAGCUGUCUUAUAUCGCAACAACAGCAACAACCACAGACCGAUCUCUAUUUUCAACACUUUUCAAAGUGAAUCAAGUGGCAAAUACACUAAAUCCUUUAAGAAUAAAGAUGAUGAAACAUUUUGGAUGGUCAAGAGUAGGGACCAUUGCAUACCAAGAGGAGUUUUCAGUUUCGCAAAUUGAUGAUUUUCAUGAUCGUCUGCGAGAAAAUAAUCUGACCCUAGAAACAUCUGCCGUUAUAUCAGACACUAGCAGUAUCGGUGAUAUUCUGAAAAGAUAUAAGCAAUUCGGUGUCCGGAUCAUUAUGGCAGCUUUCAGAGGAAAAGUUGCACCAAAAAUAUUUUGCGAGGUGUACCAUCAAGGUAUGUAUGGUGAUAGCUAUGUCUGGAUACUGUCUGGGUCAACAUUGUUUGAUGGCUGGAUAGAUGAUGCUGACAUGAACGAAAUGGACUGCACUAAGGAAGAGUUAAUUGAAGCAACUAAUGGACAUUUUACCCUUGAUCACCUACGAGAAAGUACAUCGGAAAAGCCAUGUACUUCCGGAGAGACCCCAAAAGAGGUAAUGAAUAAAUUGCAAGAUCUUGUGGAAGAUACUAACUACGAAAUGUCAACAUUUAUAAGUUGGAUCUAUGACACACCUUGGGCGCUCGCAUUAGGAUUAAACAACAGUAUAAAGUAUUUGGCUGAAUCAGGACUACAGCUUCACAAAUAUAAUUACAGUUCUCCAUACAUAGACGCUGUUAUCAAGGGGAUGAAGGAAGUCCGCUUUGAUGGUGUUUCGGGACCGGUGGCCUUUGAUGAGACUGGUAGUCGAGUAGGUGUCAAUUUCAUUCAACAGAACUUUUAUAAGGACACGCGUAAUGUGGCCAGCCUUGAUGGCACAACAGGUCAGCUGACGUGGCUUGUAGAUAGUUCGUCUCUCUGGUCAGAUCUCUAUAAAGGUAACGAGAUUCCAAAGGACAGAUUUAUUUAUCAAGAGGUGUUAGUACCGCCUAGUAGGAUAGCCUUUGGUCUAAUAGUUGCCUUGGAUUUGGUUGGAUGCUUGUUAUCGUUGACAUUUUUAUUUUUCAAUAUCUACUUCAGAAACAACAGAUCCAUUAAAAUGUCUAGUCCAAUGGUGAACAAUGUUAUAAUUGCCGGAUGCCUGUUGAUGUAUUUGGAAAUUCUUGUAAAUGCGAUAGACUACCUUAGAAACAAGAAUGAUUCAAUCGGCGACAACAUGUGUAUGAUCAGGACAUGGCUUUUAUCCUUGGGAUUCACAUCAAUUUUUGGAGCACUUUUCUCGAAAACUUACCGUGUUUAUGUAGUUUUCCGAGAUUACAAAUUGCGUGGGAAGGCAAUCAAAGACUACCAUCUAUUUGGAAUGAUUGGCACCAUGCUUGUUGUUGAUUUGUUGAUUUUGAUUCCCUGGACAACGUUUUUUCCUCUUGUCAAAGCAAAAGUUUCAAAGAAUGCUAUGGAUGUUCGGAACAACAACAUGAUAUAUUCGGAGAGCUAUCUUCAUUGUUACAACGUCACCACUGCUUAUUGGAUAGCCGCAUUAUAUGUCUAUAAAGGACUUCUUCUAGCUUUUGGAACGUUCUUAGCAUGGGAAACUCGUCAAGUCACCAUUCCUGUUCUGAAGGACUCCAAGUUUAUAGGCGCUUGCAUUUAUAACGUUGUCAUUGCGUGCGUAUUCGGGGUUCCUCUGGCACAUGUUCUCCCUAUAGAACAAAAGACAUUGUCGUUUGUGUUAGAGUCAUGCUUACUUUUCUUCUGCACAACUAGUAGUCAGUGUAUCAUUUUUAUACCUAAGAUAAGGCUUCGAAAUCAAGUUCACGGAAAGUUUUUAACAUCUCAUGUGCCAACAGAGGCAACCGGCUCUACAAUAAGACAAACAGGUAUCAAUCCGGAGAUAUGUGAUUAUAACUGUGACAACAAUAAAACCACUGCCGAGCUGAAGGAUGAAAACGCCAAGCUGCGACUGGAUAUUGCUAAUGAGUCCAUAGCCAUAGCAAGAUUAAGGAAAUCGAUUCUUAACAUGACUGGAAAUGUGCACUUCUAUAAGAAAGGAACAGAUUACGUUCUCUUCAAAAGUAAUGGUCCAAAAUUGGUGGGAAACAUGUGUCUUAACAGCGUUCCAGACCAUUCUGUUUAAACGAUUCAGCUAAUUUCUUUCAGAAAAUAUUAGGUUAUUACAAAACUUAUUUUUGAAAAUGUUUACAACUGAAUAUUUU